GCUGCACUGCUUGGGGCUGUCUUCAGUAGCAGAAUGUAGCCUCCAGUUGAUGGGAACUCCCACCAGAUGUAGGGCAUCAGGAUGGAUCGGGCAGGUAUGGAGAGCAGAAAGAGUCAGGAUUACUGGCAUCUCAGGAAUAUCGUGUAGCUUGACAGAGACGGAGAGGGAGAGAUUAUUAGCUUGGAGUUAAACAGUGAGACUCUGUCUGAGUCCUGAACACUAAUUGGAAGGCUCUUCCAUAACUGUGGGGCUUUGUAAGAGAAAGCUGUUCCCCCUACUGCAACUUUCACUAUUCGAGGGUAACUUUCUAGGACAGAGCAACACCUUGAGCCUAUGUGGUGUCUAAUAUUUAUAGUUGAAGAUGUUGAGCUACAUGAUCAUCUGCUCUACACUUCUCAUGACUGCCGUAACGGUCCGAGCACAAUGUGAGAGACCUGAUGUUGGGGAAAACCGGAUUUUGACUGAAGACCAACAGACUUUUCCUGAUGGAUCCACUGUAACGUUCAAAUGUUCCACUGGUUAUAUUCCUGUGAAAUCAUCAGCUUCCAGAUCAAUCACCUGUACUGGAUCCCAGUGGAGCGAACUCGAACUUCAAUGCAAAAAAAGAACCUGUGGAAGUCCUGGCGAGAUUCCCAAUGGAAAGUAUAUAUAUCAACCUACAGACGGAAUUUCGUUUGGUGCAACCAUCACAGCAGAGUGUAAUGAAGGUUAUAUGCUUGUUGGAACACAAACAAGAAAUUGCAGAGAAAAUGGCUGGGAUGGGAGAGCUCCUAUAUGUGAAGUGACGAAGUGUACAAAGCCUCCCGGUAUAACAGAUGGCACUUUUGAACCAGAGUAUGACUCAUAUGAUUAUGGACACGCAGUCAUAUACUCUUGCAACAGAGGUCUUGAUCUUAUUGGACUUCCAGAAUUAACCUGCUCUAGUGAUGGAACUUUUCAGCCUUCUCCUCCUCGGUGUCUGCUUGUGUCCUGUGAGAGACCGGAAAUCCCAAACGCAGUUAGAACUGAAGGAAAAUCACCACCUUAUAAAUAUAACAACUUUGUCCGCUACCGGUGUAAUAAAGGCUACAGAAUGAAUGGGUCUGAUUACCUGGUCUGUACGGAAGAUGGGUGGAAUCCACCUCCUCCUCAGUGCAAUGUUAUUACGUGCUUAAAACCUCCUGAUAUAAACAAUGGAAUAUUUAACCCCCAGAAGGAGUUAUAUGAAUACGGAGAAACAGUCACAUGGUCUUGUAAUCAAGGUUUUAGACUUGGUGGCGCUUCAACAAUAUCAUGUACUGAUGAUGGAACAUUUCAGACGUCUCCCCAAUGUCUGGACGUGAUCUGUGAUAGACCUCAAAUUGAACAUGGAUAUAUUGACAGCACAGCAGAAUAUUUUGUAUAUAAAUCAUCAGUCCGGGUCCACUGUAACCAGGGAUACAAGAUGGAAGGGUCUGAUUACCUGACCUGUGAGGAAAAUGGAUGGAAUCCACCUCCUCCACGGUGCCACUUAAACGUGAUCUGUGAUAGACCUCAAAUUGAAAAUGGAUAUAUUGACAGCACAGAAAAAUAUUUUGUAUAUAAAUCAUCGGUCCGAGUCCACUGUAACCAGGGAUACAAGAUGGAAGGGUCUGAUUACCUGACCUGUGGGGAAAAUGGAUGGAAUCCACCUCCUCCACAGUGCCACCUAAGUCCAGUUCCUUGGAUUAGGAUCAUUUUAAUUGUUCUAGGAGUCCUGGUUUGUGCUCUUGUUUGUGUUGGUUGCUACUGCUGGAAGAAAAAGAAACAUAUAAAAACGAUUCAACUUGAUUCCAAACCCGAAGACGAUUCUCUAGUUCUCCACCAUUUAUAGACCAGAGGAAUCUUCACCCAAAAACAUGUACUGACUGACUGAGACCCAUACACAUCCCAGAGUCUCUCCAGCAACCUAAUUUGAUCAAGAUUGAUGCCAGCUUACCGGCAAGAAGGGGAGAAACAGCAAAGCUCAGUGUUCUCCUCUUGGAUUAUACAAGCAAUUACUUUUUCAUGUUGCCUUGCCUGAUCUUGUCUGUGAUCAUUUUCGUCGCAUUGAGGAAUUAUCGGAAGUUGUGCAUUAUUUUCCUUUGGGACUGAGUCACAGAACAUCAGUGCUUCUCACGAGCUCCCGGACUGAGGCGUGUUACCGGUGAGGCCGUUCCGACAUAUACAUUCACUCACGUUACCCUGGACCUUUACUGACAAUUCAAACGCACUCACACAGUUUUGUACAUUGUGUAUAAUUUGCUGUUCUCUGUAUUUUCUUUAACUUUUUGUAUAAUACACUUUGGAUUUUGGCAGAGUUACUGGUAGCAAGGUUUUUCUUUCUGGAGUGUAUAUAUAUCAAACAAAACUUAAAAGGGGGGGUAAAGCCAAGCUUUUUACACAUUUAUUAGUAGGUUUGAAUUGUGUGUAGUGUCAGACAUAUGAGUCCAUGUGAAUGAUCUGUUAGUAUUAAAAAAAAAAAAAAAAAAGCAUCCAGUAAGCAAGUGCGUUAAUAUAAACCUGUGAUUUGCCGUAACAGCUGGUACUAAGGUUAGAGCUACUGUUAUAGGCAAUUAAUCAAUGCCUUCUGAACUAUCCAAAUCAAGAAUUAAAUGGUCAUGUGAUUUGAUGUAAUAUACAGCUAUAUCUGCUUUAUUGUAUUAGAGUGCUGCAGAGAUGACACAUUUUUGUAGGUCAGCCCAGAAGUUAGCAUCACCCUGGUUCCCUUGACAAAAAGCCAAUAUAAUUUUUCCACUGGCUUUUAGAUUAUUGCAGAAAAUAAUCUCUAUGACCAACAAAAGUUUACAAUUCUUACACGUUUUGUUCAUCAAGAUAAUCAUCACAAAUUUCAUUUGAAUCAAAUUUUAUGAAUUUUGAAGUUUAAAUAGAAUCGCCAGAAGUAAAAGUUAAAGUUAUGCUACAAACAAACUACACCACAGUAGCAUGACUUCAUCACCACCACUAAGCUUCCGACAACUUUCAAUAUUUUUUUUUAAAGCACUAAAAUUGGAAAAUACUUUAAAUCGAUAAAUGUACAAGUCGGAAAGUUUGUGUUGGAAUAGUUUGCAAGAGCACGAUAUAAACAUUGUAGUAGAGGCUGUAGUAGUUGAGUUUUCCUGUUCGGCUUGAUGACCUUUAAUAUCCCCGACAACCUCUGUAGUCCCAUUUAGCCACUUUUUCAAGACGCGUAAAACUAAAAAAUCAUGAGUGGGCUAUUACAGAUGUAUUUUAUUUUGUAGAAUAUAACAUGACAACAUCUUCAGCUUGUGUUAACCAUAAAUCUUAUUUAAGGCAUUUAAACAAAAACCCAUUUUAAAAAUUCAUUGACUUUGAGACGAUGGAACCUGAAGUGCAAAAACACGAACUUAUUUCCAGGUGUUAGGACUCGUUCCUGCUGCACUCUAUGAUAUAGUAGCAUAACAUUGACCUUGUGACCAUUGUAUGUUUAGUUACACAAGGAGUGUUUUUUUUUCUUUCUUUCUUUUCCCUCCCUCUGUGAAUUCUUUUUGUAUCUACAUUCAAAGAAAGCCAAAAAUUGCUUUUACAUCACUUCAAUAUCAUCAAGCUGAUCUCAAUUGUUGAGUGUGGCAAAUAACAUUAUAUUAGAAUGAAUGACCGGAUAGAAACUUUUGUAUCGAAUGUCUGAGUGGUUCACUUCAGGACUGGGCUGUAAUUAAUAAUGAUGAAUUAUUUAAAAAGUAUUGCUUUGCUGUUACAUUGCACUAUUAAUAAAAUUUCACUGUAAAAAAAAACAAAAAUAAAAACAGUAGUUUAAAAAUAAAA